GAGCUCAAUGUUCUUUGAAGUGUCUUGGGUGGACUCUAGGAUGCCAGUGCUGCUGGCCAGCCUUCUGUUGCUGAUCUCCUUGCAAAGGCUGGCUGUGUCCCACCUCAUGAUGGAUAUGGCUCUGCAUUCCUUUGAUGACCAGUAUUUGGGGUGCAGAGAGCAGGUGAUGGAAGAACUGGAGCGAGGAGACUAUUUCCAAAAGGAAAUAGCUGCUAACAAGGACUAUUUGAGUCUCUGGAAGAAGGCUCAGGAGGCUUUGUUAAAGAGCCCUGUAGGUCUCCUGAGGGAGAUGCAUGAGAGCCAUGCCAUAGUCCUCAUGGCUUACACCAUGAACUCUUCCCUCCAUUCUCAGCUGAACUGGGCCACAUCUACAGCAGGAAGCUCUCCAGAGCACUACAGACACAACUUCAGUUUCAAAUAUUUUCACUUUUACCUAACGACUGCUAUCCAGAUAAUGAAGCAAUGGCAGAGCAGCAAGGAGAGCAUGGGAAAACGUAAGUGUUACCGGGUGCAUAGGGGUGUAAAAAACUUAUAUAUUGAGGCCAUGGUAGGCAGCAGGGUGCGAUUUGGCCGUUUCACCUCCACCUCCCGCCUCUGGAAUGAAGCCCAGAAGUUUGGGAAUGAAACUUUGUUCACAGUGACCACUUGCCUAGGAGCAGCUGUGCAAGGCUUUUCUUACUACACAUCGGAGAAGGAAGUCCUCAUUCCCCCUUACGAGAUAUUCCUUGUCAAAAGCUUCUUUCGGACAGAGCACGGUAACCGGCUGCACCUGCAUUCUGUGGGGAACUACAGCAAGUACCACUGCCAGCUUGUGGAAGCUUCAAGAAGCAAGAACAGCGGUUCCACUGCCCUCGCCUCUGCUGUUCUUCCUAGUGUAGUUGGAGUUUUCUUGUGCUUGGCCCAAAAUGACUGA